GCCCCAAAACUGAAGAAAACCAGGAAACCCCGAGAAAAUCCAGUAUACUGAAGCCAAAAGGCGGGAUUUUUUUAGCCGAGAAAGCAGCUUUCUUCCCAUUCCCAUGGCCCUAUAAGGCAGAGAGAGAGAGAGAGAGGGAGAGAGGGAGAGAGCAUUGCUGUGGCCCUGUAGGAGGAGGGGCCUGACGGAGAGGGAGGGAGGCGAGGUGGUGGAGCAAUGGCGAGAGCGGCCUGGGCCGCAUGGCUUCUCGUCCUCCUGUGCUUCGGCGCUUGGACCCCGCGGCGAAUCUUGGUCUCCGCGGCCACCGACGCGAAUGAUGUUACUGCCCUCAACACGCUGUUUACCAGCAUGUCUUCACCGGGACAGCUGCAGGGCUGGAAGGCGAGCGGCGGUGACCCCUGCAGCGAAUCAUGGCAGGGCAUCACCUGCUCUGGAUCCUCAGUCACUGCAAUUAAAUUGCCGGGAUUGGGACUCUCUGGAACUCUGGCCUACAACAUGAACACCAUGGAUUCACUCGUUGAGCUAGAUUUGAGCCAAAAUAAUCUCGGUGGUGGUCAACAGAUUCCGUACAAUCUUCCAAAUAAGAAGCUUGAAAGACUCAAUCUGGCAGGGAACCAGUUCUCUGGAGCUGUGCCAUACUCAAUUUCCACGAUGCCUAAACUUCAGUAUUUAAACCUCAAUCAUAACCAACUAUCAGGAGAUAUCACUGAUAUAUUUUCCAACCUCCCAAGUUUGACGACAGUAGACCUUUCCUCCAAUUCUCUUACUGGUAAUCUACCACAAAGUUUCACUUCGUUGUCAAGCCUGAAAACACUGUAUUUGCAGAACAAUCAACUUACUGGCUCAAUCAAUGUACUUGCCAAUCUUCCGCUUGAUGAUUUGAACGUAGCAAAUAACCGCUUCACUGGUUGGAUUCCUAAUGAGCUAAAGAAGAUAAAUAGCCUACAAACUGAUGGUAACUCCUGGAGCACCGGCCCAUCACCACCACCACCACCAUUUACUGCUCCUCCACAUUCACGCAGCAACCGUCGGAAAAGCCCAGGCCAGCACUCCAAUGGAAGUAACAACUCAAGUUCUGGUGGAAGCUCUGGCAUAGGUGCUGGAGCCAUAGCAGGCAUCAUCAUAUCUGUUCUUGUUAUUGGAGCAGUUGUUGCAUUCUUCUUGAUAAAGAGGAAACAACGAAAAGGUGCAAUGCCAGAGCACUAUGAACAGCGCCAGCCGUUUAAUUCAUUCCCUUCAAAUGAAGUUAAAGAGAUGAAGCCUAUUCAAGAGGCUACCACUGUAGAGGUGGAGUCUUUGCCUUCUCCUGCUGCAGUUAACCUGAAACCACCUCCCAAGAUUGAGCGAAACCAGUCAUUUGAUGAUGAUGAUAUUGCAAGCAAGCCUGUUGCAAAGAAAAGUAAUGCAGCACCAGUGAAGGCAACUGUUUAUUCGGUUGCUGACCUACAGAUGGCAACAGAUAGCUUCAGCAUGGACAACCUUAUUGGAGAGGGUACUUUUGGACGUGUGUACAGGGCACAAUUCAGUGAUGGAAAGGUUCUAGCUGUGAAGAAACUAAACAGUACAGCACUGCCUAGCCAAUCAUCAGAUGAUUUCUAUGAGCUUGUGUCCAACAUUUCAAAGUUGCACCAUCCCAAUCUCAGUGAGCUUGUGGGCUACUGCAUGGAGCAUGGACAGUACUUGCUGGUUUUUGAUUUCCACAGGAAUGGUUCACUGCAUGAUAUGAUUCAUCUCUCAGAUGAAUAUAACAAGCCACUCAGUUGGAAUUCUCGUGUUAAGAUUGCAUUGGGCUCUGCACGUGCACUAGAGUAUCUUCAUGAAAUCUGUUCUCCAUCUAUAAUUCACAAGAACUUCAAGUCAUCCAAUAUUUUACUGGACACAGAGCUCAAUCCUCACAUUUCUGAUGCUGGACUUUCAAGUUUUGUUCCAGAUGCUGAAUUCCAGGCUUCAGAUCAGGGUUCUGGAUAUGGUGCCCCUGAGGUGGACAUGACUGGCCAGUAUACCCUCAAAAGUGAUGUCUACAGCUUUGGAGUUGUCAUGCUGGAGCUCUUGACAGGCCGAAAGCCAUUUGACAGCUCUAGGCCCCGGUCAGAGCAAUCACUUGUCCGGUGGGCAACUCCCCAGCUGCAUGACAUCGACGCCUUGGACCGGAUGGUCGAUCCGGCGCUCAAGGGCCUUUACCCCGCAAAAUCCCUCUCCCGUUUUGCAGACGUUGUUGCACUGUGUGUCCAGCCUGAGCCGGAGUUCAGACCUCCCAUGUCUGAGGUGGUGCAAGCGCUGGUCCGGCUCGUUCAAAGGGCCAACAUGACCAGGAGAAUGCUCGACGGCGAGGAGGCUUCUCGGCGACCGGAUGACCAGGACCAGGAAUUCGUCUAACAAGUGAAACAAUACAUACAUCUUGUGCUGAACCUGCAUACCAUCUUACUGUUGCGACUGUUAACUUUUGGUCCCCCAACACAACACGUACUGCAGGAAAAAGUAGGGGGGAAAACAGCUGUUUCGAAUUCUAUCAGUACAUAUUACAGGUUUUGUUUCGUAUAAUGAAAUAUACAGGCUGGUGUGUUAUGCCUCUGGUGUCCCUAAACCCUAAUGCUGUGUUGCCUGGACCCUGGAGUAACCUUUAUCGUACUUACUGGUAGCUAAGCGUCAGUGUAAUAAUGUGGACAGUAUAUGCGAAACGUGAAUUGUGAUAUGGGAAGAUUUUUAAAUUCACAAAAAACAGCAA